AUGACAACACAGGCGCCAGAUCUCACAACAACCUUUACACCUGCCAAGUCAUGCUUUCAGUAUUACAAGUAUAGAUAUACAGGCGAUGAAAUUACAUGUCAAGCUGGUGGCACUGUUCAUUUAGUUGUCAAACAGAAACAGGCUGGCCUUUGGUACAGCACUGAUCUCUGCACCAUUGUACUGCCAAGUACAGUCGAGGUGAUAGUUUCCGAAUCAGUUGUUGGAGGAGACUGGAAAAGGACUACUGUUAGCGGAGCUGCAGCAAAUGCCAUUGGUCUCCCUAUCCGAUGGCAUUCCUCCGAUUUCGCAUCGACGACGUCUGGAACCACAACUUCUGCAACCAACAGCGGAACUGAAACGAUUACUUCUUCGACUAGUACUUCUUCGAGUGACCCCUCAUCGAGUAAUACGGGAUUGAGCACUGGAGCCAAGGCAGGCAUUGGGGCCGGCGUUGGAGUUGUAGCUCUUAUUGGACUUGCUGCGUUGGGAUGGUUUGUGCUUCGAGCGAGGAGGGCUAGGCAGUCAAGUGCCGCUUCAGCUGCACAAGAGCCUAAGGAACCUCAGAUGCAGCAACAACAGCACCCGUGGGAGCUUGAUAGUCACGAGGCUAUGUCACCGGCGGAGCUACCAUCUGAUAAUAUACCCCAAGCCCGUUAG